AUGUCGUCUCUGCUGGCGUUUGAAUUUCUGCUGAUGUGCCUGUCAGCAACAACGCUCUCCUGUGAAUCAGAUGAGGUCACUCCUACAUAUGUGGCUCGAAGCUGCAAAGAAAUUCAAGAGAAGUACCAGAAAAAAACAGAUGGCCUGUACUACCUGACUACUGCAAGUGGUGUGGUAUACCAGACCUACUGUGAUAUGACCACUGAUGGAGGCGGCUGGACGCUGGUGGCCAGUGUGCACGAGAACAACAUGUAUGGGAAGUGCACUGUAGGUGACCGCUGGUCCAGCCAGCAAGGUGAUGACAUUAAUAGGCCUGAAGGAGACGGAAACUGGGCUAACAAAGCAACAUUUGGAACUGCAGAAGGUGCUACUAGCGACGACUACAAGAAUCCUGGGUAUUAUGACAUCAAGGCUCAGGAUGUGUCUGUGUGGCACGUUCCCAAUAACGCCGAGAUGCAGGAAUGGAGAUGCAAUUCCAUCUUACGCUACCACACCGACAAUCACUUUCUCGAUGACAAUGGAGGAAACCUCUAUAACUUAUUCAAGAAAUACCCAGUGGUGUAUGGAACUGGCGUUUGCCGUACUAAUAAUGGACCUUCUGCACCGGUGGUGUAUGAUUUUGGAAAUAAACUUACUAACAAGAAUUUCUAUGGUCCCAACCCAAGAGGAGAGUCUGAGCCUGGAUUCAUCGCUUUCAGAGUUUUCAACAAUGAGAGGGCAGCCAUGGCCAUCUGCUCUGGAGUCAGACCGACCGGCUGCAAUACAGAGCAUUACUGUAUUGGGGGAGGAGGGCAUUUCCCGGAAGCGGCACCGAGACAGUGUGGAGAUUUUCCCAGUUUUGACUGGAGCGGCUACGGGACUAACACAGAAUGGAGCGCCUCCAAAGAGAUCACUGAAGCUGCUGUGUUUCUGUUCUACCGCUGAGAUCCAGAUCACUUCAGACAAAUUCAGCUCUAUCAUUCUCUAUCUUUCUUUAUCUAUCCUUUAUUAUACAGAUUAUAUAGUAAAAUCGUUUCUUAAUAGGUGAUGGUAACUCUUAUGUAGAAUUAUAGAUAUUACAACAUUGACAUUAUAAAACUGAUUAGAAGCAGGCUCCAAAUACAUGUUAGCUACAUUAGCCUCAUAACAACAGUACUAAUUAGUGAAUUAUAAACUCCAAAUAUAUGUUAGCUAUAUUAGCCCCAUAACAGCAGUGCUAAUUAGUGGAAUAUAAGCUCCAAAUACAUGUUAGCUACAUUAGCCUUAUAACAACAGUGCUAAUUAAUGUAAUAUAAGCUUCAAAUACAUGUUAGCUACAUUAGCUUCAUAACAGCAGUACUAAUUAGUGAAUUAUAAACUCCAAAUACAUGUUGACUACAUAUUACCCUUAUAACAGUACUAAUUAAUGUAAUAUAAGCUCCAAAUACAUGUUAGCUACAUUAGCCUCAUAACAACAGUACUAAUUAGUGGAACAUCAGCUCCAAAUACAUGUUAGCUACAUUAGCCUCAUAAUAACAGUGCUAAUUAGUGAAUUAUAAGCUCCAAAUACAUGUUAGCUACAUUAGCCUCAUAAUAACAGUGCUAAUUAGUGAAUUAUAAGCUCCAAAUACAUGUUAGCUACAUUAGCCUCAUAAUAACAGUGCUAAUUAGUGAAUUAUAAGCUCCAAAUACAUGUUAGCUACAUUAGCCUCAUAAUAACAGUGCUAAUUAGUGAAUUAUAAGCUCCAAAUACAUGUUAGCUACAUUAGCCUCAUAACAACAGUGACAUCUUCUGAGGUAAAUGCUUUCACUACUUGACAGAUAGCUACAUUAGACUCAUAUAUCUAGCGCUAAUUUGUAGGUUAUGAACAGUUCUAUUACUUGUUAGCUAUAUUAGCCUCAUAAUUCUAGUGCUAAUAAGUGAGAUACAAGCUUUCACUACUUGUUAGCUAACUACCUAAAUAUCAUAGCUCUAUUGCUAUAUUGUGAUGUAGAAGCUUCCUCUAAUUUUUCGCUAGUUAUAUUAUCUUUAUAGCACCAACACUAAUGCGGUGAGGUAUACGCUAACACUUUUUAGCUAGUUGUUAGCUACAUUAGCCUCACAGCUCAAGAGAUAAUUUGUGAUGUACCAAAUCAUACUUGCCUCUAGGUGCAGUAAAAAUGGAGAUACAAGUUUUUUUUUUUUGUGAAAUUGAUUAUAAGUAUCUUGUGUCUUUACCACUAAGAAUCUUCCGACAGUGAUGAAGCUGUGCCAAUGUUUCCCAUCUCUCCUGAAAUCCCUACACAGUUUUAACUUCACUCCAAAACCUAAAGAGUUACAAUAACCAAGAAAGGAUUUUCUAUGUUUUCAUUUUGGGAUUUACUCUGUACUGAAUCAAAUAAAGCAUGAUAAA